AUGUCUCGUCAUCAUCCCGAUCUCGUUAUGUGCCGCAAGCAAACCGGCAUCUCCAUCGGCCGCCUCUGCGAUAAAUGCGAUGGUAAAUGCCCCGUCUGCGAUUCCUACGUGCGGCCCACUACGCUCGUCCGCGUUUGCGAUGAAUGUUCCUUUGGCAACUACCAAAACAAAUGUAUUGUGUGCGGAGGCGAAGGGAUUAGUGACGCGUUCUACUGUUUUGAAUGCACGAGACUGGAGAAAGACAGAGACGGCUGUCCAAAGAUUAUAAACCUGGGAAGUUCGAGGACCGAUCUAUUCUUCCAGCGGAAGCAGCAUCGGACGACGGCGAUGUGA